UUUUUUCUGUUUCCCAUUUUUUGGAUCUGAUUUAGGCAGCCUUUCGUAGUCAUUACGAAGAAAUGUUAGCUAGAGAAGCAAGAGGUGAGGUCCAGUGGCAGAGAGCAGUUGCAAACACCAUAGCAAUCCUCAGAAAAGCUGGUGUCUCUCAAGAAGAGGCUGCAAAGGCAGUAACUCUUAUACAAUCUUCUUAUCGUGGUUAUUAUAUAAGGAGGAACAUAAGAUUAAAAUUAGCUAAUGAAGAACCCGAGAGACCAAGGGAGGGGGUUUUAGAACCAAGGGAAACUAUCCAAGCGGUAGCUUGGAUGGACAUGAUGUAUCAGGACUCAAAACACACAAUAGAACGCGCAAACGAAGCGGCAACGACUAUUCAGGCUGCUUUCAGGGGCUUCCGUGCUCGCAAUAAUAUGCAUACUGAUGGAAAAGCAAGAAGAGAGGAAUCCUCAAAGUCGAUGGUGGUUGAAGCGAUACUAGAAAAUAUACGAGGACAAAUAUGGGAUAGAGUCAAGUCUAGUGAAAACUUUCCAGAGGAAUAUGGAUCGCGUGAGGAGAUGGAACAAGCCGCUGACGAGAUACAGAUACAAUAUAAGAACAAGCAGAGGAAUAUUAGAAUUUCUGAACAGUUAACAGAGGAUUCGGAUGAGGACAGAGUUGAGUCAGCAGUUGAGAAGAUAGAGGCAGUGGAUGCAGAGGAUUUCAUCCAGGAGGUAGAAGCUAAUGAAGAGUUUGAAGUCGUUGCUGAACCAAUCAGUGAAGAAAAAGAAGAUCUCGCAGUCACAGACGUUUUGGAAGCAGAUGCACAAAUGACAGUGGCGCAAGUUGUGGUAGAAUCUGAGCCUCAUGAACAUAGCGAUGAUCAAGAAGAAUCAGUAGCUGUUGAUGAGCCAGAGAUCAAACCGGUUACGAUCUUAGAACCUGCUGUUGAAGCUCCAGUUGGAAUAGAACACCAUGAAGCUCAUGAAAAAAAUGAGUUGGCUACAGAAGUAGAGCAAGAUGGCAAUGAAAAGGCUGUUGAAUAAUCACCUAAGGAGAGCCAAAAAUAGAAGAUCGCCACUCUUGAGAUUCAAUGCAAAGAUUAUUAAGAAAUAUAAUGUAUCCCAUACAAAACUAUGUCAAGAUUUUCAGUAAAAUUUCUUUCCUCUC